AUGAAACGUAUGGUCCAAAGGUCCACAUGGAAACUUCUCCCUAUUCUAACAUCUGUCCUUGUAUCAAUAACUAUCUUCAGCAAUAUUCGCAACGCUUGGAGCUUGGAAGGCAAGAGAGAAGAUGACGAAAGCAUUACCUCUAUAUUACUGAGCAAUAUCUCUUGCCAAAACCUAUUCGAUGGAGAAGAACAAGAAGCUGCCAUGGCAAAAAUGCUGCAAGUCAAUAGCAGUAGUAUUAUUGACGCUAUUUUGGACAGUUCUGACAGCUGUAACACCAUAGAAAAACUUUUUCGAUUCUUUCCGACAUUAUCCGCUGAAGAAAACGAUUUUCCAAUUGCUUAUGCAAUGUUGGUGCAUAAAGAUGUUAUACAGGUAAUGAUGUUACUCUCAGCUUUGUACCAACUACAAAAUCAAUUUUGUAUAGCCGUUGAUGGCAAUAGUAAUGAAAGAUUUUGGAAUGUGCUCAGGAAAUUAGCAAGCUGCUAUUCGAACAUUCAGAUUUUUAGAGUUAAGAAGAUUGAAUGGUGCUCGUUCGGGAUCAUCGAAGCUGUUUUUGAUUGCGUUGUGCGUUUGGCCAACUCAACUUUACAGUGGAAUUAUAUACAAAUCCUAUCCGGAGUUGACGCUCCACUUAAAACGAAUCUGGAAAGUGUACGAAUCCUCAAAGCCCUCAAUGGUUCCUUCAACACGGAGAUUCUCCCUUUCGAAAGAUAUCGACUACAUGGAAAAAGGGCAAAACGAUCUCCACUGCCUUUAGUGAAAAGCUCCAUGUCAGUAGUGUUUUCGAGAGAAGCAGCGAAUUUUAUGGUCGCAAAUCAGGUGGUUCACGAGCAGCUCACGUUUUUGAAAGGUACAAUAUGUCCGGAUGAAUCAUUCUGGGCAACAAUAGCUGGAAACCCUCAUAAACUUGCAAUGCCGGGAGGAUUUGAUGCCAAAGAAUUUCUUCGGAGAAAAUUUGGCAAAAAUUACGCAAAAUGGUGGUUUCGCGCAAAUGUUGGACCAUGGAUAACGCCGCCUAACACUUCAAAAAUUGAACUGCAAGAACAAAAACCAUUUCUAGAUAACUAUGUAAUCUCUCGAUAUCAACAAUGGCAAAUCAGGCCAAACUCCAGGUGUCGAGGGCGCUACUAUCGCCUUUCGUGCAUUUUUGGGGUGGAUGAUCUACCGAUAUUGGUGAGACGGCAUGAAUUAGUAGCCCACAAAUUGUAUAUAGAUUUCCAGCCAGCAGCAUUUCUUUGCUUGAUUCGGGAAAUCCGUCAAAGAAGCCUACAUCCCGUACAAUUCGACGCAAAUAUUUACAAAAAUCUUCCGGAUGGUCCCAUUUAG